AUAUAUUAUACUAUGAGACUAUAAGAACUCUAUAAAUAAACGUGUUGUGAAAUUAAUUAAAAACUCACCGCACUCUCAACAUUUAACCAAAUCUACAUUUUAUCUUUGAUAUUCACUUAAUUAUACCCUCUUAUGCACAGACACAAAAACAAGGUAUAUUGUAAUUUAAGUUAUUCAAAUGAGAACACAAGUGAGCACAAGUAUGAUGAAUAAUAUAAUUACAGAUGACCAACCAAAUAACUGCUUUGUAAAUAAUUGAAUUGAUAUUCUGAAAUUAUGUCAAGCAAUUUCAAUUUGUCAACUUGCUGUCUUACAAAUGACAAAUGGAAUUAACAAAUGCAAAAUUAUCAAUGUAAAAGGAAACAUUCCGAAUCAUUUAAACAUGAAUGUAUGACAAUCUAAAUCUUGGCACUUAACAAAGUUGUUAAACUUGUGAAAAUCUAUUAAUUGCACAAACAUAUCUCUUGAUUAGCUUUGAAUUUCAUUCAAUGAAAUACGCAAAUUGAUAAUUAUAGGGUAUGCACAGCUGUAUUAAGAAACUUUAAUCUUUUCGCUUUCGUUUUUAGAUGUACGUUAUAAAUGAUAAGCUAUAAUAUCUAUAAGUGUUAAGUGUUUUGGUUGAGCAUAUUUUCUUGUGAUUUGAUAAAAGAACUAACCGUGGGGUAACUUCGUAUUGAUAAGGCAAUAAAUGACGAUUCUGUGGUUAGUCUAUUUAAAGACUUUGGAUCGCACAGAACGUCAAAGUUGACAAAUCUUUUUUGCAAUGACAGUGACCUGGGAUAGUGUUAACAAGCUCUGGAGUGGUCCUGAAAGAUCCUCCAUGUACAGUGAUGACACUUCAGUGGGUAGAAUUAUAUUCAAUACCAUGAAGAAUUAUCCCAAGAAUGUGUGUCAGAUAUCAGAUAGCGAUGGCAUUGUUGUGACCAACGAGGAGGCCAUCACCUGGGCAAUUCGCAUUGCCCAGCAUCUGAAGCAACGUGGCCUGGAUCACAGAAGUGUCGUCGGUGUCGUGGGCAGGAAUACAACCUAUGUGAUGCCGAUGGGUUUGGCAUGCCUGCUAAAUGGCACUCCAUUCCACGGAGUAAAUCCUAUUUUCGAUGAAGAGACUCUCAAAUACAUGUACGGCAUAACACGACCUGCAUUGAUAUUCUGUGAUGCACAAUUUUAUGAUAAGGUUCAUGCAGCCACCAAGGAAUGGAAUCCCGAAAUUAUAUUGCUUUCUGGCCACAUUGAAGAUGUUCUGACUAUUGAAAGUCUGUUGACCAAAACUGCUACUGAAAUGUUUUAUCAACCGGAACCACUUAAAGAUGGCAGUGAUCAGACCAUUGCUAUACUCUGCUCCUCUGGCACCACGGGUUUGCCCAAAGCUGUCUGCGUUUCAAACAAUGUGUUGGUGCAGGACAAAAUGCUGGUCAAUAGCGAAACCAUAUUCUUCAUCACAAGCGGCUUGGAUUGGAUAAGUGGCCUGUGGGCUUUCCUUUUCAGCACCUUCUUUGGCAGCACUCGCAUCAUCACAGACCAACCCUUCUCCCCGGAAUACUUUGUGAGAUUGGUGCAUAAAUAUAAAAUCAAUUAUGCCACCUUGGCUCCGGUGCAUUUGGCUGCCAUUGCCGCCUGCAAAGAAGCCACACCCUUGGCACUCGCCUCGAUGAGAAAUCUUAACUAUGGCGGUGGCAUUUUGUCGCAAUCGACACUGCAACGCAUACAGGAAUUAUUCACGGAAGCUACUUACAAUUCGGGUUAUGCCAUGUCCGAAGUUGGCAUAGUUACAAUGAGUUUUGGCAUCCGCAAUGCAGCAACAGCUGGCCAUCCAAAUCCGGGCAUUAAGAUACGCAUUGUCGACGAGUCUGGAAAGAGAUUAAGCCAUAAUGAGGUGGGUGAGAUCUAUGUGCAUACGGGUAAGCGUUGGAAUGGCUACUAUGGCAAUCCAGUUGCCACACGGCAAAUGCAAGACUUUGAAGGUUGGAUUCAUACGGGAGAUUUGGGUUACUUUGACAAUGACAACAAUCUAUAUAUUGUGGAUCGCAAAAAGGAAACCCUCAAAUACAUGGGCAUUCAUUAUUGGCCCACGGAAAUUGAGAAUGCAAUUCUGGAGUUGCCACAAGUCAAGGCUUGCUGUGUCAUUGGUGUUCCCGAUGAUCUAAUUGGCGAUGCAGCUGGUGCUUUGGUGCUCAAGAAUCCCGAUUGUGAGAUUAGCGAAAAGGAAAUCGUUGACUAUGUGAUCAAGCGGCUGCCGGUUGAAACAAAGCAUCUGCAUGCUGGAGUUCGUUUCGUGGACAGAUUGCCAUUCAAUGCCAAUGGCAAAUUCAUGCGUAAACAAGGACUCGAAAUGUUUCUGGCACAAUAAGUGGACUAUGUGAUUGGGAGUGAGACAAGCGAUGUUUAACUCUAUUAUAUAUAAUUAAUUUUUAUAAUUGUUAUGAUUUUCAAAGAGCUUAGAUUUGGGAAAUUGAAAAAGUUGUACUGUUUCAAAAUUAAUCUUAAAAAAUAAUUCGGAAAUUUCGUUAAAAAGUUAAGUUUUCCCAAAAGCCUCUUGAACAUUUAUAUUUUAAGCUUUCAGAUGAUCAGCAAAUAAAUA